GAAGCGCUGAGGUGCCACUUGGCCGCCGGGGCAGCGGCCGUGGGUGCUAGGUGGGAGCGCUGGUCCUGCAGGGUGCCCUCGGCCUCGUCUGAGGCUGCCCCGCCGUGAGGUGCUGCCUGCGUGCUCGCUGUCCCCCAGCCCUCGCUCCCGCCUCCCCUGGGAGCAGCGCGGUGCGGGUAAAAGUUCCCCCGCCUCAGGUGAGGGCCGAGCCCGUCUGCCGGUGGCCGAGCCGCUCCCGUCCCUGGCCGCGCACCCCCGGCCGGGGGCCGAGCCGGCCGCUGCCGCCGGGCGAGAGAGACAUGGCUGAAAGCCUCUCCUGGGAGCUCGGUGUCUGCACGGGUUAAGGCGUGCGGUGGGGAGAGGUGGAAAAGUUGCUGUUGGAUUUCACUUCAAGGGACCGGACAGAAAGCGGCGAAAUGGAUGACUUCCCCUCCAUCUGCCUGCUGUCCCUGGCCAUGCUGGUCGCCUGCUAUGUGGCAGGAAUUAUACCCUUGGCAGUUAAUUUCUCCGAGGAGAGAUUGAAGUUGGUGACUGUUCUGGGUGCUGGGCUGCUGUGUGGAACUGCCUUGGCUGUCAUUGUGCCAGAAGGAGUACAUGCACUUUAUGAAGACAUUUUGGAGGGAAAGCAUCACCCAGCGAGCGAGAUGCAGCACGCCAUGGAGUCUGAGAAGGUGGCGAAAAUCCCAGCUGUACACGAGCAUGGCCACGACCAUUCCAGGCUGCAUGCCUACAUUGGUGUGUCCCUUGUCCUCGGCUUUGUCUUCAUGCUCCUGGUGGAUCAGAUAGGCAGCUCUCAUGUGCACUCUACAGAUGAUCCAGAAGCUGCAAGAGCAGGCAACUCCAAAAUCACCACAACACUGGGACUAGUAGUCCAUGCUGCAGCUGAUGGUGUUGCAUUGGGUGCAGCAGCUUCUACUUCUCAGACUAGUGUCCAGUUGAUAGUGUUUGUUGCGAUUAUGUUGCACAAGGCACCAGCUGCCUUUGGCCUGGUUUCCUUCCUGAUGCACGCUGGGCUAGAACGGAAUCGAAUCAGAAAACAUUUGCUGGUCUUUGCGUUAGCAGCACCUGUCAUGUCAAUGGUGACAUACUUAGGGCUAAGCAAGAGCAGCAAAGAAGCCCUUUCAGAAGUCAAUGCCACUGGAGUUGCUAUGCUGUUUUCUGCUGGGACUUUCCUUUAUGUUGCCACAGUUCAUGUUCUCCCAGAAGUAGGAGGAAUUGCUCAUAGCCACAAACCUGAAUCAACUGGAGGAAAAGGACUCAGUCGUCUGGAGGUGGCAGCCCUAGUAUUAGGAUGCCUUAUUCCUCUAGUUUUGUCCAUUGGACACCAUCACUAAACGCUCAGAUUUCACUGUUCUCCUUGAUAAGACAUGAGCAGUAGAUUGCUGCUGCUCCCUUUAUCAUUCUUUUACCCAUCAUUCAUCCCAUCCACUUUAUGGAGUUCAGAGGGAAUCUUGAUUGCAAAAUGAGGAAUACUGGGAAAGUUUUUAGUGUAGCAAAAUGUACUUUGGCAGCCGGACGCAAAUUCUGUGUAACUUUCUUUUCUGAAGACAUUUGCUAUUUUAAUGGUUACUUCUGGCCCUAUUCUCAGGGAAGAUGGAACUUGAAGUUUAAGAAAGGUGAGCAGGGAAGAACACAGCGACUCAUCACAAAACUGCAAUCACCAAAGUAUCCUGCAGCUCAGCUUUCACAGCUGAGAGCAAAACCCAAGGAUGGCAGCGUUGUGAGAGGUUGAAAUCACACUAAUGAAGAAGGGGGCUCUCCCCCAUCGGUUCUACGUUGUCCUGGCAAUGCUACUGGCCCUUGUGAUGCUUGUCACUAAUUGUAUUGCAGAAAUGGGCUACACUGGGAGUUCUGCAUAACACUGCUGUUGUCACAGAAGUGUCACUUGAUAGGAAAGAAGUUAUGUAGACAAUUGUAGGAUUAGAGAAAGAAAUCAGCUGGUUAAGACAGUGCAAAUGAGUUUUGCAGUGUAUUCCUUGUUUAAGACAAAGGAUAGAAGCAAGGAGAAUAGUGUUUUGAUUGUUUAUUCAAUUGUUUAAUAAAUUCUAAAAAGGCACUGUUUCUUGGGAGAUAGUCUUCUGCCAAGUCGGUCAAGUGUUAAGCACCAAAAAUGUCAGCAGGAGUUACAUAUUGGCUUCUGUGAUACACUGCUGCUUCUGUUGAGAAAGUUACCCAUAGUGCCCUUUGAAAUAGAGCUGUUCUGGGCUCUGAGGAGUAGAAAUCUGAUGGAGACAGCUGUUGAGGGACCAGAGAACUUUACUAGCUCACUUUCAAAAACCUGAACUGCUGAAAUCAGUGGGGGGCUGUGUGGGGUUUUCACUAAAUAAAGGUAUUACGGCUAACAAAACAAGAUGUUUAGUUAAAUAUUUCUGCUGGAGAUAGAAUACAAAGUGAUUCUGAAGCAGUUCUGAACAGAAAAAACUCAAACCCACAAACAAAAAACCAAACUGGUGGGUUCCCAGUGGACCUGUUAAAACAUUUUGCAUUUCCUUUGGGAAUUGUUCAUUUGCCUCUUACUGAUUAGCAUUAGUUUUGAUGAAUCUACUGGAGGACUUUCUGCUGAUUGCUGAUGUCUCUCACUGCAGAGGAGGGGUAAAAGAUCCCUCCAUUUUCAAGGCACAGCUUUGUCUUACCAGGCACCAUUUCCCAUAUGGAAAACAUACUCUAAAGUGCAUUGAAAAGUCAGGAGUGCUUGACGUGCACAGAAUCAGCAUAAAAUUCUUUCUUUAGGGGAAAACUUUUUAAUGCUGUACCCUUUUUAAGCUAUACUUUGCCUGCACUUUUUGAAGAUAACAUUGCCAAAUAGGUUUUUUCUUUUUUAAAAUGAAUUUUGAGGAAAUAUCUUCUUUACUGAAGUGCUUCUUGUUUCCAUAUGAAUGAGUGCAACUGUUUGUAAUGCCAUUUAUUACUUAAACUGCAGAGCCCAUUGUGCCUCAUAACUUCUUUACAUUUUUGUUAUUGUCCUGUUUGUCUGUUAGUUCAGAGAGUAAUGGGUAUGGCCUAGCUCUUGGACUAGUGAUGGCUUUGUUGGUUCUGUAACAAUACUGAUAUAUCCCAGGAUUGAACCUAGUAUUGAUUCCCAGGAGUGCUUGUUCAUUCAUGUGUUUUACUGUGGAAGACCAAUGCAAAAUUAUUAGAAGUCAUAUAUUCCCAAAAGACAGUAUUUUCAAGUAGAAUUAGUGCUUCAGACCUAAACAAGCUUUUUUUUUUCAAUUGGACCUUCAGAAAGUGUUCUGAAAAGCCACUGCAAAAUUAGUGAUGUGGAUGGGAUCCUCUUCUGUGUGUUUUUCAAUGGGGUUUUUUGCCUGUUUGUUUUGGAUUUGGAAUUUUUACAACAUACAUAAUGCAACUGGUAAGUUACUGGUUUAAAAAGUUCAGUAGGACAGGUUCCUAACACAUGCAAAUGAUACACAAGGAUGUUUACUCCAGAGUUCUGUUCUUCCUGAUUUCCCCCUAAUUACCUUCUUCCUUGAUUAUCUGUUUUACCGUGUUUAAUCUUUCCACGUAACCAUUUCCAAAAGCAGGAGGGUUUGCAAGAGCAGGGGAUAGCUUAGUGCAGCACUAGGUGCUUGCAUUUUGUCAAGCAGUACGUUUUUAUUCUAUAACCUCUGUCCUGUCAUGGGCACCCCACCCUGGGAGCUGACACCGUGACUGCAUUCCCCUUCAGCCCCACUUUGUGUAUGACAAUAGCAAUGGAUGACACAGGUAAGGUCCCGUUCCAUGCCUUCGGUUCCUGCCUGAGGCAUGUGGAUAGUAACUUUUUAUAUGGGUUGGUGUGUAUUGGUGAGGAUAUGGCAGCCAGGCUUUUCACUGCUGACAUAACCUCUGGCAUAUUAAUCACAGGUGCCACUGCUGAGAGCUCUUGUCAUCCUUCCAUUUUGCUGUCCUUCACACCAUGUUUCCAGUUUCUGGGGCCGCCAUCAGAAAUAGUAAUACUCAGUUUAAUGAUUCAUGAAGUAUAGAGGCCAAGUUAUAGCAGCAGGUGAGGGAAUUUGAAUGAAAACAUUGGCAACUUAAAAUUGGCACAAAAAAUUCUAAAAACAUACUUUUUAUUUUGGCAUUUGGUUAAGUGACAGAAGACUUCAGUGGUUUUUAUUUCUGUUCAUUUAGAAAUAGCAACAGCAUUUUGUUUUGGCUACCUCUUAUCUCUGUUGAAUUAUUAUUUUCAAUUCUGUAACUGAAACUGCAGUGACUAAAGAAGCUUUUGGUUUUGUUGAUAUGGAGAAUGUAAAAUUUUAUAUUUACAAAACUUUCCAAAUUUUUAGUACCAAAUGGAGGAUUAUUUUCUUGAAGCAGAGUAUUUUAAUGAUUUAAAUUAAAUGGUCCAUUUUAUUAUAGCCCUUUCUUUCUAUCUCCCCAUCUGUCACAGUAAAUCCAAGCAUUGCGUGUAGUCAGGGCCAUCUGGUAUCAUUUUCUACUCCUCAGGAGACCUUGGUGCAAACAAAUUCCUCUUACUCUCCCUGUAAUAGCCUCUCUGCCUGGUUUUCUUCUGUGAGGUAGGUGGCAGUAAGUCUAGCAGGUAAAUGCUUAAACCAAGUGCCAGCCAUGUCCCACUUCUGCAGGUCCCUCUAGGAAAUCCAUAAUCUUCUCAUCACCUGUUUCUUUUCAGUUAAUGAUUUCCUAAUUGGCAGUAGGAAUUGGACUAAAGCUGUUUCUGUUGAUCCUCAUGUCUUCAGGUACUUUCCCUACUGUUCUAAUACUUGUAUUGUUCCUUAUAUAAAGAAGGGAAAUACUUCUUUUUCAGCAUUCAAUGACAGAGGCAGAAGCUGCACUGACAUUAACUUAAGUAAGGAUGGCAGAGCUGUCACACCAAGACAAGAUUUUUUGAUUGUUUUGGCUUGUCAGAUGGCUGGGUGUUAAACACAGAAACCCACUCUUGACUCCAAGGAACUGUUUCCAGGUGGAUUAUAUAAAAGGCUAAUCCUACCCGAGAGGCCCAGGAAAACCUCUGUGUUUAUUCAGGAGCUAGUUCGGAGCCUUCAAGGGGCUUUUGACAGUAGCAGGUGUGGCCAUGUGGUAUCAGCUGAUCGCAGAAAAGAGAGAUGAUGGGGAAUAAAUGCUCCUGCUGCUCCCUUCCCAUUCUGUGCUGGCACUUGGGAAAAAGAGAAGGAAAGUGUACUUGUAUUCUUUUGAGGGUGGAAGGAGGAGGAGUGAUUGCAGUAUGGUGGGAAAGUUUGUGAUGAAUAUCAGAUUCUUUAUCACAAAUUUCGGAUCCCUGUUCACAUCAAACUUCUUUUAAUUUUUUUUUCUUUACUGUUCUUAUAUCUCUUAGCAGCCUUGGCUUUCCAGGGAAAAACAUUGUGUGGUCAUUGCUGUUUACCUGACUCCAUGUAUGGAACUGUAAUUUUAAUGUCUUUUUUCCAAACCAUUUGUACACAUAAUCAUUCCAUGAAUGGCUGCCUUAUAAUUUUUCCACGUUAAUUGUGAAUGGUUAAAAUAAUAUUGCCGUUUUCAAUUUGUUUUAUUAUAUUAAAUUUUUACUAGGUGCAGUG